AACUCCAUCUCAAAAAAAAAAAGAAGAAGAAGGAUGAGAGGUAGAGAGGUAGGCUCACGAUGGGAGUUGCAAUGGUCUCUUAAUGUGAGGAUAAGGAACAUGCCAUUCACUGUCAUGUUCUACCUCCUAGUCCAGUGCCUGGUGUAAAGUGGGGGCUUCAUAAACAUUGGUCACAGGCCUGAUGGUGGAACUGAUCUGAGUGAGUGAGUGCAUGGAUGGUGCCUCUGUAGUUUGUGUUCCCUGCUAAUCAGAUGAACUCAUACAUGCUUCAUUGCAGGGCUAUCUCAUCUGAGAUAUUAUGUUAGAGAGUUCUCUCUACGUGCCAUGACCGAGUAGCGUUUUCUUCCUCUGAAGUAUUGCUUCCUCUUUGUUGGUAUCACACGACAAACAUCAGAACACUUACAGGAUGUGUGUAGUGCGGCACGAUAGAGAACUUGGGUUUCCUUUAAUGUGACUGUAGACCUGGCAGUGUUAAUAUAAGAAUCAUUAAUCAGACACCCUAGACACCCUGGUGUGCUGAGCUAGCACUCAGUGGGUGCGGCCACCGCUCAUGUGAUUGUGGAGUAACAGUUGGAAGAAGUGCCCAGUUCAUUUGGAGAGUUAAAACCGCGCCCGUUCAGCUGUAUCUUUAAAUUUUAAAAAAGAAAAAGAAAAAAAACCGCACCUACCAGAGCUAUCCUCUGACUUUUCUUCUACAAGCCCCAUGUUUUCACAUCUUCCUUUUGACUGUGUCCUCCUGCUGCUGCUGCUACUUACAAGGUCUUCGGAAGAGGAAUACAUAGUGGAUGUGGGUCAGAAUGCUUAUCUGCCCUGCUUCUACACUCUGGACACUCCAGGAAACCUUGUGCCUGUCUGCUGGGGCAAAGGAGCCUGUCCUGUGUUUGAGUGUGGCAACGUGGUGCUCAGGACUGAUGAAAGGGAUGUGAGUUAUCAGACAUCCAGCAGAUACUGGCUAAAGGGGGAUUUCCACAAAGGAAAUGUAACCCUGGCCAUAGAUAAUGUGACUCUAGAAGACAGUGGAAUCUACUGCUGCCGGAUCCAAUUCCCAGGCAUAUUGAAUGAUGAGAAAUUUAACCUGAAGUUGGUCAUCAAACCAGCCAAGGUCACCCCUGCACCGACUCUGCCGAGAGACUCUACUGCAGCCUUUCCAAGGAUGCUGACCACUGGGGAUCAUGGCCCAGCAGAGACACAGACACUGGAGAUCCUCGAUGAUAAAAAUCUCACACAACUAUCCACACUGGCCAAGGAGUUACAGGACGCUGGAGCAACCAUCAGAAUAGGCGUCUACAUCGGAGCAGGGAUCUCUGCUGGGCUGGCUCUGGCUCUUAUUUUUGGCACUUUAAUUUUCAAAUGGUAUUCUCAUAGCAAGGCGAAGUUACAGAAUUUAAGCCUCAUCACUUUGGCCAACCUCCCUCCCUCAGGGUUGGCAAAUGCAGCAGCAGAGGGGAUUCGCUCAGAAGAGAAUAUCUAUACCAUUGAGGAGAACGUAUAUGAAAUGGAGGAGCCCAGUGAGUAUUACUGCUCUGUCAGCAGCGGGCAGCAACCCUCACAACCUUUGGGUUGCCACUUUGCAAUGCCAUAGAUCCAACCAUUUUAUUUUUGAGCUUGGUAUUGCCUUUUUCAAAAACUAUAAGCUGUGUCAGCUGACUGGUUUUAGAGAUUCUGUCCACUGCCACGGAGCAGAGUUUUCCCAUUUUCGGAAAAUGACUCACAUGAUAAUUCAACUGUGACCUACACGGAAUUUAAACAGGCAUGUCAUUAUCUCUGUAUCUAAGCCAACAGAGUUACCCAACUCAGAGACUGUCCAUCAUGGAUGUUAGAGCUCAAACAGGCUUUUAUAUAUACUGGGAAUUAUUGACAUGGAGUCUCUGGCGCUCCAGGAAAUUCGGGCACAUCAUAUAUCCAUGAAACUUCAGAUAAACUAGGGAAAACUGGGUGCCGAGAUGAAUGCGUACCUUUUUUGGCACAGAAAGUCUAAAGGGGCUACUGAUUUUCGAAGAGAUCUGUGAUUCUUUUUUUUGAGACAGAGUCUUGAUCUGUCACCCAGGCUGGGGUGCAGUAGCAUGAUCUCAGC